AUGCAGGAAGAUGACGAUGACGAAGAAUUAUAUACUCACGUUAACAUUUUUCAUGAACACAGAGGUCAUUUAGAACGAGAUAGAAAAGCUCGUACAGAAUUAGAUACUGAAAUACUUGACCUUUACGAUCCUAUUCAGGAACCUGUUCCACAUAAUUCAACUAAACAAUCCAUAUUUUCUUCUUCAAC